AUGGUGACGACUGCUAGCUUCUUCCUCGGCGUGAGCCGCAGCCGCAAUAGCAUUAUAGAAGAUUCCGGUGCCGAUGACCUUGGAGGUUACGCGUUUUCGGGCGUCGACGCUGCCGACGUCGUGUCCGCCCGUGGUGACACACGCAGCCAGGAAUCGCCUUCCGCCGACUCGGCUGGCGACGCUGCUUCUGAGCAGGUUCCAAAAAAGAAGAAGAAGCUGAAACGCCAGCGUUCCGACCUGGACUCUGAUGAGGAAUCCGCCGAUAAGAAAGCUGAGGCUGCCCGAGCGGCGGCCGCCGCUGCUGCGGAGCGUGAAGCCAAGGAGGCGCUGCGCAAGCGCAAGGCCAUCAGGGAAACGCUGGAGACGCUCCAUGCAUUCCUGGACAUAACCAAGAAAAUGACCGAAACGGUUGUGGCUGGCAUGAGCGGGGGGCAGCUGAAGAUCGAGGAGCAGAUCCGGGCCGCCAUUGCCAACGGCAGCUGCACAUUUAUCCGCAGCUACUCCGACCUCUCCAAGUUUUCCGUUGCGUCCAAGUUCAAGAACCUGAAGCUCUACCAGCAGUGUGGAGUGCACUGGCUGUCGCUGCUGCACUCCGUUGAGCACGCGAACGGCAUUCUCGCCGACGAGAUGGGGCUGGGAAAGACAGCCCAAACCAGCGUCUUUUUAAGUUACAUCUACAGCAUAGACACGAAGGAAGUCGCCAACGAUUUUAACGCUCGCCUGAAGAAGGAGGGGUACGGCACAAAGCGGUCAUGUCUCAUCCUCGUCCCCUCUUCCGUCGUCGACAACUGGUGCAAGGAGCUGCGGCGCUGGGCGCCCAACCUGAAAAACCACAUCGUGAAGUACCACGGCCCGCAAUCCGCCCGCUUCAAAAUCGCAUGCGACGUCAUCGACGACGUCAGCAAGGGGUCGUUUGUGAUCCUGGUCUCAACUAUGCCCACGGUGUCAUCGAAGGAGGACGUCCGGCUGCUGCGGGGCAUUCGUGAGUUCGAGUACAUGAUCGUGGACGAGGCGCACGCUCUCAAAAACAGCGAAACCAUCGCAUACCGCAGGCUGAACAGCUCCUUCAACAUCCGGCAUCGGCUGCUGCUCACCGGGACCCCGGUGCAGAACAGCCAGAGCGAACUGGGCAACCUCCUCCAGUUCGCAAUGCCCGACAUGUUCGACCAGUCGAGGAUAAAUGACGCCAUAAAUUAUUUAAUUAAGAACUAUGAAGAUGCCGUCUCCGAGUUCCCUGCGCUGUCGUCGCUCGUCGAGCCAGGUGAGAUCGAGGCCUACAAAAAAACGCUACCCGCUCCCCCGCCGCCCAAGGCACCGACUAAACGGGGACGAAGAUCAAAGAAAGCCGCCGCGGAUGCCGCAAACGCCACCGAGGCCGAUGCUGGUGCGAAGGAGGCUGCCGGCAAUGAGGAGCCGCAGGAAAAGAACCAGUCACAGCCCGACCCUACGGGUAAGACAAACACAAAUGCAGCUGCUACGGAAAACGACGCUGAGGAAGCGGUUAAUAAUGGAGAAACAGUCAGACAGGUCGACGUGGAUGCCGUCCAUACCCCCCGUUCCCCACAACGUCCUACCGAAAUUCCAAAGGAUGAAGUUUUUAAGUCCACGUCGUUCGGAUCCCUAUUGGACUCCGGGCUCAACAGUGACGCAAAUGACGGUUUAAAAGACACAGAAAUGUCAGAUGCCAAGAGUCCCGCCGAUUACACAAUGUUGAGGAUAGGCAGCAUGUCGGACGCAUCCGCGGGAGGUGUGGACGCUGACGUAGACAGGGUCAAAUGUGAGCCUACCAGCGUCGAACAUAAAGAUGCCGCACUUAAGGCAGCCAAUCAGUCCGACUCAAACCCUAGCACCUCGGACGCUUCGCUGUUGCCGGUGGCAGAUGGCGUGAAGGUGGAGCGUAACCCCAACCUCGUUAUGGGCACAGUUGACGAGGAGUCUACGGACUCCUUCGAAAGAUUCGACAGCGUGCAGUCGGACGGGGAAUUCUUCGGGCCAGAUGGCAAGACCGUCAGCAUCGAGCCCUCCAUCCGCGUGCUCCAAAGGCUCAUCGCGCCAUUCAUUUUGCGGCGGCGGAAGCGAACCGUGAUGCACGAGCUGCCGGCGAAGAACACGUUUCUCAUCCGCUGCAAAAUGGCCGGCAUUCAACAGGACCUGUACUUGAAGGAGGUCGAGUCCAACAUCGAGCAGCACCGCAACGCGCUGAUCCAGAAGUACAAGGUGCCCGAGAGCGAGCUGCGCAACAUGUGCCACGGCCGUUCCAAAAACUACUCGAUAGGCUCCAGGGACGACUUUUUGGUCAAAUCGCUGAUCUUCCGCAUGCGCCGCAUCUGCAACCACCCGCUGCUGGUGCGCGGGGCGUACUACAAGGAGGAUUUGCUGCAGAAGCUGAUCAAGUACUACGCCAGCAAGGUCGAGGGCUACAAGGAGAACAGCCUAGAGCGCGUGGAGAAGGAGCUGCGCAGCUGGAGCGACUUCGAGAUGCACCGGUCCAUGCAGUCCCUGCUGCAUUUCGAGCCCCGCCUGGAACGGUACCUCAUCCCCAAGGAGGCGUUCAUGACGUCCGCCAAGGUGGUUGAGCUGUUCAAGAUCAUCGACAAGGUGGAGGCCGAUAAGCGCAAGGCGCUCGUGUUCUCCCAGUUCACGAUGUACCUCGACGUGAUAGAGGAGUGCUUGCGGCUCAACAAGCCUGAGGUGGUGUACCUACGUCUAGACGGCGGCUGCAACACGAACUCCCGCACCGAGAUGGUCGACCAGUUCACCAACGACGAGAACGUGAGGCUGAUGCUGGUGUCCACGAAGGCGGGUGGCACCGGCCUGAACCUGACGGUGGCCUCCACCGUGGUGCUGAUGGACCAGGACUGGAACCCGCACAACGACACGCAGGCGGAGGACCGCUGCCACCGCAUCGGCCAGACUCAGACCGUGGAGGUGUACAAGCUGCUGUGCGAGGGCACUAUCGAGGAAUACGUGAUGGAGUGCUGCCAGCGUAAGCUGAUGCUGGACGACGCGUUCAGUGGGAAGGCCGUUGGUGAGGAGAGCGCCUAG